AUGAAAUUUGAAAAUAAAGUAUCCAGCCGAGCCAAAGAAGAAGUGCCGACUGGAGUUCAGUCGAGUAUUCGAAAUGAAAUCUUUGAGCAAGAGACUAUGGAUGAAGACGUGGUGAAGGAAGAGGCUGAGAGAAUGGAUAUGCUCAUGCGUAAUUUGAUUGGAAAUGCUGACGAUGAAGAAGAAGACGAAUCCAAGCAAGAAGAGAGCAAUGAUAUGGAAACAGAGCAAGAAGAGGAGUUCUCCUUUCGAUUAUUCGCCAGUGAGCCAGUUGCCAACGUUACCAUUGCUGAAGGAACAGACAACACAGACGACUUAUCAAAAGCUAUUGCUGAUCAACAAGUCUAUGAGUUUGACGAAACAGAUCCAGAUUUUGUAGCUAAAGUUGAACAGGCCGCAAUUGAUUACGAUACUAUCUUGACACAAUCCAAAAUUCCUUGUCCUACAGCAGCCUUUCCACACCGUAUUUUGCAUUUAUUAUCACCAGAAGAACAAGCAAAGAAGGACGCUGCUGAUAAAAAGAAGAUGUCGAAGAAAAGAAAGAGUAAAAAAUGCCGAGAUUUUGAAAAGGCUGUUAAGGCAGGCAAGAUCAAAGUAGAUCCCAAGAUGAGAAAUCCAGCUACACCUGAUGGAUGGCCAGGAUGGCCAGGUAACUUGACAAGAAUCGCCAUUAUCAAUUACCAACCCUCAAACAAAAAGAGAGAUAGUGGAGCGAGAGGUGGAUUUAGAGGAAGAGGCGGAGGCAGAGGAGGUAGCCGUGGUGGUAUGAUAGCAGGACGAGGAAGAGGCCGUGCAUUUUAA